GACGUAUGACGUACUAACCGUCCGGCGCUAAAUUUCAAAUAGGAGUUAGCGGAGUUACUCGCCUGUGUGUGGUUUAGUUCCGUUGUUUACAGAAAAUUAAAGAUUUUUUUUUGAUAAAUUUGUUUUAAUUCUCAAUAAGUAAUCGGAUAUUCAUUACCAAGUUGCGCUAUCGAUUACAGCAGCAUGAGUGUGGUGAGCACCCCGACUUCCCGGCCAAGGCAGUGGUCCUCUCCGGCGCUGGGGCACAAAACGGCCCUCUCGGCCACCAGCACGCCGCUUCUCGGAUCCAUCCAAAGCAACGACGAUGAGCAGGAGCGAAGGCAGAGGCGCAGGUCCAGAGUCAUCGACCUUCACGCAGGGGCCGACUCCUCCAUCAACGAGGGCUACAGUAGCACAGGAACUCCUGCUGCCGUGCCCAAGCUUUCCUCUGCGCAGAUCUCGGAGCAUUACUCCACCUGCAUCAAGCUCUCGACGGAAAACAAAAUUACCACGAAGAACGCGUUUGGUCUGCACCUCAUCGAUUACAUGGCGGACAUUCUCAAGCAGAAAGACUCCGAGCUCAACUUCAAGGUGGCUGCAGGGACUCUGGACGCCAGCACUAAGAUCUAUGCUGUGAGGGUGGACGCGGUACACGCUGAUGCCUACAGAGUUCUGGGAGGCCUGGGCUCCGAGACCAAACCGAAAGAUGGCCAGGAGGCAGGAGAAGACGUGGAGGCGGCAGACGGCAGUGUGAGUGAACAGGCAGCCACCAAGCAGGCCCCAAAGAAACGGCCUCCGAAGAAGACGGUGGAGCAGAACCUGAGCAACAUCAACCUCUCAGAGUCGGAGAUGAAGUGUGAGGUGGACCCCAUGUUCCAGCGCAUGGCCGCGUCUUUCGAUGAGAACAGUACAGCCGGAGUGUUUCUGUCCGUGCUGUUCAGUGAGGACAGCCGCUGUGAGCUCCGGUUCCCCUCCCACAUGACCCUGCUGCACUCCAGACCAGCCAGCUCUCCCUCACCUGUACAGCACACACCUGCCUCACCCUUCACAGUUAGUUUAAAGACUCUGGAGGAAAAGAUGCCCGUCUGCCCGUCUCUAGAAGAUUUCUCCUUCACCCAGUGGACACCUGACCAGACGACCAACCUGAACCAGCUGCUGGAGAAGAUGAAGCAGGGCGAGCACGCGUUUGACGUCAACGCCGAAAUCGAGCCGGACGAGUGCGAGGCGCCGGAUUUCGAGGACCAUUUCGAUGCGGACGGAGACGACAGAGGAGAGGGAGAGUGCGGGGAUCCCUUCGACGAGCACAAAGACGCCUGCUCUAGGAGGAGCCCCGAGAAAGGGCGAGGGAUUAUACCGAUCGGAGAAGGCGACAUCACCACCAUGUGCCUGCAGCUGUCAGACAAACCCAGAGAGUAUUCGUACUUCAGCCCCCGCACCAUGGCGACGUGGGUCGGCCCGGGAUACUGGCUCUUCAAACCCACACACAAACAGGAUCACAAGCCGGAGAAGGAAACCAAAAAGCGAGCGCCGAAAAGUGCCCUGGUGAUCGACUUCAGCGAGGACGUCCACUUUCACAACUACUUCCGCACAACCAGAGCAGCGACCACCAUCAGUAAAUCUGCCCUGAACACCAGCAACAAGAAAACGACGCUGCCGGCAGAUUUCCAGUAUCCGCUCAGCAACCUGUCGCAGCUCAGCCUCAAACCUGCCAGCACGCUGAUUGUAAAAGACAAGAAGAGGAUAUCAGGUGAGCUAGCCGAGGACAUUGGAGAGUACGACUAUAACAACGCUAAUGACACUGCUAACUUCUGCCCACGGCUGCAGCUCGAGGACAGCGAUGAUGAGGUCGAAGGCUUCGCGGGAUCGGAUGACUCUCAGCCCGUGACGGACAGACUGGACGCCGACGGCGUCUCCACAUACGGAGAAGACUGCCUGGUGCCCGAGCCGUAUAAAGUCAACAUCAUUGAGAUUAAUUACGCCAAAACAGCCAAGAAGAUGGACAUGAAGCGCCUGAAGAGCAGCAUGUGGAGCCUCCUGACAGACAGCCCUGAGAAACCAGCCAUGGUUGCUGAGAGCGAGAAGCCUACAGAAGUCCCAGGAGAGAAAUCCUUCAGCCAGUCCACCAGGACGCUCUUACAAAAGCUCCCCAGCACCAUGGCCAGUAACCUGUCUGUGCCCUUGGCCUUCGUCGCUCUCCUGCAUCUGGCCAAUGAGAAGAACCUGGAGCUUCACAAAGUGGACGACAUGUCGGACAUCAUCAUCAAACAAGGACACUGAGGACACGCCCACGCCACCGGAUUAUUAUUUUUUUUAGUGUUUUAAGGGAGUAUUAUUUUUUUAGAGCAGUUUUUACAGUGUACAGUAUGUUUUAUUCCACAUGUGUGGAGCCUCUAUUUUACAGUAAAUAGUGUUUCCUCUGGUGCAAUUUUGUAAUAAAAAUUUUAACCGUGAUUAGAAGAAAAAUCUUUCAUUUCUGUUUCGGGGACCGUGCUACACAAGACACCGAAAUGUACAACAAAAUAAAAUAUAUUAGAAUAAAAUAAUUCAGCAUCAUGUGGAAAAAUGACACAAAGGGAGGCAUUUCUGACAUUUCACUGACCCUCCAACACCACCAUGAACUUUUCUCCUCUUUUGUCUUGUCUUGUUAAUUUAAACCUUGUUCUGUUUUUAUGUUUCUUCCUUUUAUGUGUACUCUAAACAUCAUUAAAUCUCUGAAUAUUA